AUGUAUCGCUAUUUAUGUCCUGGUUCUGCGAUUGGAUUGAAAGCUGCUCGGUAUUCGACCCGACCUAUCAUGACAUAUUUGUUGAUCGGUAUUGAUAAAUUGCAUCAAGGAAAUCUACGAACGUCCAGUCUCGUUCCUCUGAUUGAGGUUGCCGAGCCCAAGUUCGCCUCAGAACCCACUCACCUGAGAGUUGUACACGAGACUCUGGAAGCUAAAGGAGUGCUCCAAUUGGCCUUGAGAUUUAACGAUACGAAAAGCAGAUAUUUGCAGAGACUUAUCACCAAUCUCAACAAAAGCCAUGAUCAUGGUCUUCCGAUAGCCCAUAGCGUCGAACGUGGCUGGUUUUGGGAUGUGCGGCCCUCCUCAUCGAAAUUCCAAAGCCAGGGGCACCAGGCUCGCUCGGAAACAAUGUCUCGAUUCGAUUGGCAUACUGACUGCAGCUAUGAAGAGAAUCCGCCACGAUACUUUGCUCUUCAAGUGAUUCAUCCCGAUCGUUGUGGGGGUGGUACCUUGUCGAUACUGAACAGUGAUCAACUACUUUCCUUACUAUCUCCUUUCGCACAAAAGUGGCUCUCCAGCAAAGUCUUCCAGAUCAAUGUCCCCCCGGAAUUUAUCAAAAAGGCAGGAGAACUGUUUAUCUCUGGCAACCUGCUCGCAGUGGCCCCCGAGGGACAAGGUGGUAGCCAAUUGCGGUUCCGGGAAGAUAUCACUAUACCAUUGACUCUUAACGCUGCUAAGGCGCUGGACGAACUUAAGGGCGUUCUUUAUGGGGAAGCAGCCAAGGAACGGACCAUUCAUCUAGAGCCCAAUAGCCUUCCUGAAGGCUCAAUAAUAUUGAUGGACAAUCGACGAUGGCUGCAUGCUCGGAAUGAAGUGAAAGACCCCAAUCGACAUCUUCGGCGGCAAGUCUGCCUUCCAGCUGCUGUAGACUUUUUACCCGUGGCACCGGAAGGGCCAGGGGCUGAUAUCAUAGAUGAAGCCCGCGAAAUUUAUGUUUCAAAGCUGAAAGUCUGCUCUUCCUCUUGGCCUGUUGGAUCGGUGGAUGCAUCCUGUCCCCAUCCCGUGUUGAUCACUCAACGGCACCACGAAGAGCUGUACGAGUUGCAUCGCGCCUUGAACCUGGCAAUUGAAGAUAUAGUUGAGCGAUGGUGGACGGAUGAGGAAGCCCAGUUUCCUCAGCGGAUGCCAUUGGAGAUUGGCGAGGAAAGUUUGUUGCGCUGGAUUCACUCGAAAACACACCUGUUCCGACCAUGGAACGAGAGACAGGGAUCUUGGAGACCGGACUUCUUAGUGGAGAUUGAUGAAACUGGCAUGGAGGCUUUUCGGCUCUGCGAAAUCAAUGCAAGAUUUUGCUGGAAUGGCUUUAUGCAUGGCGGUUUUGGCCAAAGCUCACUUUCGGAAUUCGAUCUUGAGUCUCGGGGUCUGAUGCAUGCCGCUGAUGGUGAAGCAAUUAUUGGGGCAUUAUUCAAUCUAUUCGACAACAAGCUACCCUUGCACCUGGUCAAAGGUGAGGAACACGGAAUUGAUAUCGCCAUGUUUAUUGAAUUGGCCGAGAAACGACUUGGUAUUAAACCUCGACUCAUUACUCCGGAUACACUUCGAGUUAUCGCGGAUUCUUCUAGCAAUACCGGAUUCAGACUGUACUGCCUCGCCCAAGAAGGUACAAUUGCCACUAUUACUACCGAGUCUGGCGAAUCUCUGGAAGAGGUCCAUCAGCUUGGCCUCGAACUUCACCAACGGGAGCUCAACGCUCUUGAUCCGGAGAUAAAACGCCAGAUCACCGUUCGAUGCUUUAAUGACAUGCGAACGAUCCUGCUCGCUCAUGACAAGAGAAUGCUCGGUCUUGUGCGGGAAGAACUUGAUACAUUGGUUUCUAGAAACAUCAUCACUUCCAAACAAGCUGAAAGACUUCAGCGAGGCAUAACACCUACCAUCCUCCCGGGAUCAAAAGCUCUAGAUCAGUUCAUCACCCUUUGCGGAGCAUCCGAGUCUCUCAAGAAUGACUACAUCCUAAAGCCAAUUAGAGGAGGAAAAGGAGCCGGUAUUGUUUUUGGCGAUGAAGUCACCUAUUCCACCUGGCUAGAAUUAUUGGAGCAGAUACGUAGUCCAAAAUUGGAAACGGGAAAGACUCUUUUCGUUGUGCAGCGCAAAAUUGAGCAGCCAAAAUAUGACGUGCUGUUGUCCGAGGGAAAAUUACAACGAUGUCAUAUGGUUGGGACCUACCAUGCUGUUAAUGGUGAGUAUCUGGGACUAGGGACUUGGCGAUGUAGUCCAGGGAGACUAUGCGCUGUGUCUGACGGCGCUACAUGGAUCUGCUCAGUCAAGCAGAAAAAUUAA